AUGGGGCGUUUUGCCUGUCGUUAUAGUGUCCCAAUGAAUUUUUGCGUGACGUGUACGUGCUUUCACGAGCCGCACGUAUUACGAAUUCUUUCUAUGGUUACCUAAUUCAGGAAGCACUCGCUGAACGUCGAAGACAUUUCUUAUCAGUAAAGGAAUGUCAGAUUAUUGUUUAUCUGAUUUAUUUUACUUCAUAUGUGAUUGCAGUGCCGAGUUAUUUUUGGAACAUUGAUUUUAACUCAAAAAGCUAGCUCUGCCCUCUGUCAAGAUGAUAGGGGGUCUAUUUGUUUACAACCAUAAAGGAGAGGUGCUUAUCUCCCGAGUGUAUCGGGAUGAUAUUGGCCGUAAUGCAGUGGAUGCAUUUCGCGUCAAUGUCAUCCACGCGCGACAGCAAGUGCGCUCACCUGUAACCAACAUUGCCAGAACAUCGUUUUUCCAUAUAAAACGCGCUAACAUUUGGUUAGCUGCUGUCACCAAACAAAAUGUUAAUGCAGCGAUGGUAUUCGAGCUGCUGCUGAAGAUCAUAGAUGUUAUGCAAUCGUAUUUUGGCAAGAUUUCAGAAGAGAACAUCAAGAACAAUUUCGUGCUUAUUUACGAGCUGCUCGAUGAGAUACUUGACUUUGGAUAUCCACAGAACUGUGAUACAGGUGUGCUGAAGACAUUUAUCACUCAACAAGGAGUGAAAUCAGCUACCAAGGAAGAACAAGCUCAGAUAACAUCGCAAGUCACAGGUCAAAUCGGAUGGAGGCGAGAAGGCAUCAAGUACAGACGUAAUGAGCUCUUUUUGGAUGUACUUGAAUAUGUGAAUCUAUUGAUGAGCCCUCAAGGUCAGGUUCUUAGUGCGCAUGUUGCUGGAAAGGUGGUAAUGAAAUCCUAUUUAUCUGGUAUGCCAGAAUGCAAGUUUGGAAUUAAUGACAAGAUUGUUAUGGAGGCUAAGGGCAUGAAAGGAAGCGGCGGAUUAGGAGGUGGCGGUGAUGAUCCCACAGGAGCUAGAUCCGGCAAACCGGUUGUUGUUAUUGAUGACUGCCAAUUCCAUCAGUGCGUUAAGCUUAGCAAAUUCGAGACCGAACAUUCCAUUAGUUUUAUACCACCGGAUGGUGAAUUCGAGCUGAUGAGAUACCGUACCACGAAGGAUAUAUCAUUGCCUUUCCGCGUAAUACCAUUAGUGCGCGAGGUGGGCCGAACGAAAAUGGAAGUCAAAGCGGUUUUGAAAUCAAACUUCAAGCCCUCGUUGCUGGGACAGAAGAUAGAAGUGCGCGUACCGACGCCGUUAAACACUGCCGGUGUACAACUGAUAUGUUUGAAGGGUAAGGCGAAAUACAAAGCAUCGGAGAACGCGAUUGUUUGGAAGAUCAAGCGCAUGGCUGGCAUGAAGGAGACGCAGUUGUCCGCCGAAAUCGAUCUACUAGAGACGGACACGAAGAAGAAAUGGACGAGACCACCGAUAUCAAUGAAUUUUGAGGUGCCAUUUGCGCCGUCUGGCUUCAAGGUGCGCUACUUGAAAGUUUUUGAAUCCAAAUUGAAUUACUCGGAUCAUGACGUGAUAAAAUGGGUUCGUUACAUUGGUCGCAGCGGCUUGUACGAGACGCGGUGUUAAUGAUUCCGAAUCUCGAUAUUGAGGCAUAAAUAAUUGUAAAGAAGUAAUCUCAUUGCAGAAGUCACGACUGCGAGUAUCGAUAUGGCUAUUUCUCGUUAUUAUUUCAUUGUAGCGCAUAUUCGAAGCGACGAUCUGAAAUUCAACAAUCGUUCGAAUGGUUAAUUCCUAAUCGUGCACGAUACGUAGCGAUGGAAAAUGUAUCGAAAGAAGAAUUCCAUUAUUAGCACAAAAUUUCUGUGUAAUUGUAGAAAAUUUUUUUUGUAUAUUAUAUAGCGUAUUAGCAAGAGUGACGUUCAUUUUCAUUUGUUAGGAGAAAAUGCAAUGUUGUAUUAGGAGAAAAUUUU